AUGUCCUCUCACGUAAUCAGAGAAGGUCAUGUUUGUUCCUAUGAUCGAGCAGUAACAACAAAUGACACAGUAAGUUAUCAACGUUGUGAAUUAAACAGCUCAUCAACAAAUGAAAUAUUAAACCAAGAGACUAUGAAUCGCGAAAAACAGGAAGUGGUAGGUUCACCAGACGUUACUCAAGAUGCAUUCAAAGCGGAACUUAGGAAAGACAAUGAAAUACUUCUUUCAAGCAAUGAUCACAAUAACAUUGAAUUAAAUUUAGCAGAAGAUGAAACAUAUGACUCUGAUGACUCUAAUGCAUAUGUGAGAAGACGUGUGGCAGAACUUAACUUGGAAUUAUCGAAGGAAAAAGAAUAUUUUGCUGAUAACUAUGAAAAAAAGACAGGACGUGUAAAUUUUCACCCACAACUUUUUUAUUCACGGAUAAUAAGCCAGAAUAGUUGUGAAGAUUUAAAUGAUUUUAGCGAAGACGAAAUAAACGAGUUGAAGAAUGUAAGUCAUAAUGAAGAUGAUACAAUGAAUAAGUCAAUUAUGAACGCAAAUCCAAGAUAUUCCCAACAGCGGACGUCUGAUAUACCAGGACCUGUUAAUAUCAGUGAGAAUAACUUAGGCGGAUAUGAGUCUCUCAUCUCAAAAGAAAAUAACGUAGAGGAGGCCGACAAAAAUUUAAAUGACAAUACAAAUGUUACAGAUGAAGUAACAAGGACGAAGAAGUACCGAAAAACUCCAAUCAACGAGCGAGAUAACAAUAUUACUAAAAUAAUAACUAUGCGUGUAAGUGAUCAAAAAACUGAAAGGACAUGUAAUUCUCAGUUUCAGAACAAUAAUGAUAAGCCGUUAACCGAGAAAUCGAAGGAAAAUUCUAUCCAAAUUGCAGAUAAAAAAUCACGUGAUCAGAAAUUAUCAAACUGGUUAAGAGCUAAAGUUUUACAAAGAAAAAGUGAAGGGGAAAUGAGACGAUAUGAAAAUGAAGAACAACAACAUCUGAAUGUUGUGCAUUCCAGAGAGGCAUGUGAGCAGGCAUUCAAACAGUGGCUGAAGAGAAAAAAUCGUGAGGCGAAAGAACAAAAACGGAGGGCGAAAGAGCGGAUGAAAAUCACACGACAGUUAGUGAGAGGUAAUCAUGAUUGGCAACAGUUCAUGAAAAACAUACGAAAAUUCGACGUAUUGAAGAUCCUACUUUGA